AUGAGAGUGAAAGAAUACUGCACCGGCGCCAAUUUCAGCACCUCCGCCUAUAUAACCUCCGCCUCCGCCACCAAUGUAACCUCCGGCACCUCCACCUAUAUAACCUCCUCCACCAAUUCCGUCGCCUCCGCCAAUUCCGGCGCCUCCGCCAAUUCCGGCGCCUCCACCAAUUCCGGCCCCUCCAUCAAUUCCGGCCCCUCCACCAAUUCCGGCACCUCCACUUAUUCCGGUACCUCCAACGAUGUAGCCUCCAGCACCUCCGUCUACAUAGGCUCCUCCUCCGCCACCGAUGUAACCUCCAGCACCUCCGUCUACGUAGCCUCCGCCUCCGCCACCGAUGUAACCUCCAGCACCUCCGUCUACGUAGACUCCUCCUCCGCCACCGAUGUAGCCUCCAGCGCCUCCGUCUACGUAGCCUCCUCCUCCGCCAACAAUGUAGCCUCCAGCGCCUCCGUCUACGUAGCCUCCUCCUCCGCCAACAAUGUAUCCUCCGCCGCCAAUUCCAGCUCCACCACCUAUGUAACCACCAGCGCCGAUUUCGGCACCUCCACCUAUUCCGGCACCUCCGCCUAUGUAACUUCCGCCGCCAAUUUCGGCUUCUCCACCGAUGUAGCCUCCAGCUCCUAUUUCGGCGCCUCCGCCAAUUCCGGCACCUCCGCCUAUAUAACCUCCUCCGCCAAUUCCGGCUUCGCCAACGAUAUAGCCUCCAGCGCCUCCAUCUACAUAGGCUCCUCCUCCGCCACCUAUGUAGCCUCCAGCUGCUCCGUCUACAUAGCCUCCUCCUCCGCCACCGAUGUAGCCUCCAGCGCCUCCGUCUACAUAGGCUCCUCCUCCGCCACUGAUGUAGCCUCCAGCGCCUCCGUCUACAUAGGCUCCUCCUCCGCCACCUAUGUAGCCUCCAGCUCCUCCGUCUACAUAGCCUCCUCCUCCGCCACCGAUGAAGCCUCCAGCGCCUCCGUCUACAUAGGCUCCUCCUCCGCCAACAAUGUAUCCUCCGCCGCCAAUACCGGCUUCGCCACCGAUGUAGCCUCCAGCACCUCCACCUCCACCACCAAUAUAACCACCAGCACCGAUUUCGGCAACUCCACCGAUUCCAGCGCCUCCGCCUAUAUAACCACCUCCGCCAAUUCCGGCUCCACCACCAAUGUAACCACCAGCGCCGAUUUCAGCACCAAUUCCUGCACCUCCGCCUAUAUAACCUCUGCCGCCAAUUCCGGCUUCGCCACCGAUGUAACCACCAGCGCCUAUUUCGGCACCUCCACCAAUUCCCGCACCUCCACCGAUGUAGCCUCCAGCUCCUAUUUCGGCACCUCCGCCAAUUCCGGCACCCCCGCCUAUAUAACCUCCGCCGCCAAUUCCGGCUUCGCCACCGAUGUAGCCUCCGGCGCCGAUUACGGCACCUCCACCGAUGUAGCCUCCAGCACCUAUUUCGGCACCUCCGCCAAUUCCGGCACCUCCACCUAUAUAACCUCCGCCGCCAAUUCCGGCUCCUCCACCAAUGUAACCACCAGCGCCGAUGUAGCCUCCAGCUCCUAUUUCGGCACCUCCGCCAAUUCCGGCACCUCCGCCUAUAUAACCUCCGCCGCCAAUUCCGGCUCCACCACCAAUGUAACCACCAGCGCCGAUUUCGGCACCAAUCCCUGCACCUCCGCCUAUAUAACCUCCGCCGCCAAUUCCGGCUUCGCCACCAAUGUAACCACCAGCGCCGAUUUCGGCACCAAUGCCCGCACCUCCGCCAAUUCCUGCACCCCCACCGCCGAUUCCUGCACCUCCGCCGCCAAUUCCUGCACCUCCGCCUAUAUAACCUCCGCCGCCAAUUCCGGCUUCGCCACCGAUGUAGCCUCCGGCGCCGAUUACGGCACCUCCACCAAUUCCGGCACCUCCACCAAUUCCGGCGCCUCCACCAAUUCCCGCACCUCCACCGAUGUAGCCUCCAGCUCCUAUUUCGGCACCUCCGCCAAUUCCGGCACCUCCGCCUAUAUAACCUCCGCCGCCAAUUCCGGCUCCACCACCAAUGUAACCACCAGCGCCGAUUUCGGCACCAAUCCCCGCACCUCCGCCUAUAUAACCUCCGCCGCCAAUUCCGGCUUCACCACCAAUGUAACCACCAGCGCCGAUUUCGGCACCAAUGCCCGCACCUCCGCCAAUUCCUGCACCUCCACCGCCAAUUCCUGCACCUCCGCCGCCAAUUCCUGCACCUCCGCCUAUAUAACCUCCGCCGCCAAUUCCGGCUUCGCCACCGAUGUAGCCUCCAGCUACUAUUUCGGCACCUCCGCCAAUUCCGGCACCUCCACCUAUAUAACCUCCGCCGCCAAUUCCGGCUUCGCCACCAAUGUAACCACCAGCGCCUAUUUCGGCACCUCCACCAAUUCCGGCGCCUCCCCCAAUUCCUGCACCUCCGCCUAUAUAACCUCCGCCGCCAAUUCCGGCUUCGCCACCAAUGUAACCACCAGCGCCAAUUUCGGCACCUCCACCAAUUCCGGCGCCUCCCCCAAUUCCUGCACCUCCGCCUAUAUAACCUCCGCCGCCAAUUCCGGCUUCGCCACCAAUGUAACCACCAGCGCCGAUUUCGGCACCAAUGCCCGCACCUCCGCCAAUUCCUGCACCUCCACCGCCAAUUCCUGCACCUCCGCCUAUAUAACCUCCGCCGCCAAUUCCGGCUUCGCCACCGAUAUAGCCUCCGGCGCCGAUUACGGCACCUCCACCAAUUCCGGCGCCUCCACCAAUUCCCGCACCUCCACCGAUGUAGCCUCCAGCUCCUAUUUCGGCACCUCCGCCAAUUCCGGCACCUCCACCUAUAUAACCUCCGCCGCCAAUUCCAGCACCUCCGCCUAUAGAACCCCCGCCACCAAUUCCGGCUUCGCCACCGAUGUAACCACCAGCGCCUAUUUCGGCACCUCCACCAAUUCCGGCGCCUCCCCCAAUUCCUGCACCUCCGCCUAUAUAACCUCCGCCGCCAAUUCCGGCUUCGCCACCAAUGUAACCACCAGCGCCAAUUUCGGCACCAAUGCCCGCACCUCCGCCAAUUCCUGCACCUCCACCGCCAAUUCCUGUACCUCCGCCUAUAUAACCUCCGCCGCCAAUUCCGGCUUCGCCACCGAUGUAGCCUCCGGCGCCGAUUACGGCACCUCCACCAAUUCCGGCGCCUCCACCAAUUCCCGCACCUCCACCGAUGUAGCCUCCAGCUCCUAUUUCGGCACCUCCGCCAAUUCCGGCACCUCCACCUAUAUAACCUCCGCCGCCAAUUCCAGCACCUCCGCCUAUAGAACCCCCGCCACCAAUUCCGGCUUCGCCACCGAUGUAACCACCAGCGCCUAUUUCGGCACCUCCACCAAUUCCCGCACCUCCGCCUAUAUAACCUCCGCCGCCAAUUCCAGCUCCACCACCUAUGUAACCACUUGCUUCAAUUCCGACUUCUCCACCAAUGUAACCACCUGCUUCAAAUCCAGCUUCACCUCCGAUGUUAGCCCCUGCACUAAUAAAGCCACCUCGAUUCAUUAUACCAGAAGGGCUCAUGUUAGCAUCUCCAUCAAUUUCAGCACCACCGGCGCCAAUUUCAGCUCCUUUACCUAUGGUAGCACCUGCUUCGGUGCCAAUCCCGGCACCGCCGCCUAUAGUAACACCAGUGCUAUUGUCAGCUCCUCCGUCAAUAGAACCACUAGCAUCUAUUCCAGCACUUCCACCUUUGGACCCACUAGCACUGCCACCAGUUUUAGUUCCACCGCCAAUGGAAGUACCUACUUGGGUGAUAAAAUCAGCUCCUCCUCUGACGUAACCACUGGCACCAACUUCAGUUCCUCCGCCAAUAGAACCACUAGCAUUGGCGCCCAGCUUGGCACUUCUGCCUUUGUUGUUGUUGCCACCGAUGCUUACUUCAGCUAA